AUGAGUUUAACAACGUUCGACAAGGUCGACAAGUUCGACGGUUCCAAAUACCAGUUAUGGAGUUUUAAGAUAAUUAUGUACUUACGGUCUCGGGGACUGUGGGGUCAAGUGGAUGGGAGCUCGCCGCCAGACCGUGCGCUGAUGGAGCAAGAGCAUGCGGCAAUCGUGCUGAGUCUUACUGACUCGCAGGUGCUACACGUGCUCACGACGGCGACGGCUAUGCACGCAUGGAACACGCUGCAGCGCCUUAACGAGUCUAAGGAUAUGGCUAGUCGCAUGUGGUUGAAAGAGAAGUUUUCGACGUUUCGCUACACAGCGAGCUCGAUGUAG